AACAGGACGAAGAAAAAGAAAGAUGGCGUUUGAUGGAGACGACGUUAUUGUGGUUAUUACAGUGCUGUUCUUCCAACCAACACGAACAUGUGCACAUGUACGCUGUUUAGUAGAGUAAACGUCGUUAAUGUAUGUUUUUUGGAGGGUACAUUAGUCUAAGCGCACUCAAUCAAUCAAUGACGCUUUCCGCGCUAGCUUAGCGUGCUAGUUAGCUUAGCUUGUUAGCCGCUAACAAAGAGAGGCGGAAGUGAUCAAAACACAUCGCUAAGCAGAGAUCAAGUGUGAGUGUAAAGUGUUGUGAUUGUGUGAAAAUGUGCGAAAGAACGAUAGCAGAGUACGAGGAGGAACUUUGUCCAACAAAAGAGGAGAAGGAGCGACAACAUCAACUACUGGACGCUGUUUUCAAGAAACAUCAAGUUGUGUUACACAGAACAGCAGACAUCCAGCAGCUUCCUCACAUUAAAGAAGAAGAAGAGGAGGAGCCACAGCCCCCACAUAGUAAGGAGGAAAUGGAGGAAGUGUGGAUCACUCAGGAGGGAGAGUGUCUUCUAAGGCAGGAGGAGGCUGAUCUCACCAAGUUUCCACUGACUGUUGUCUCUGUGAAGACUGAAGAGCAUGAAGACAAACCACCUGAGUCCUCACAGCUUCAUCACAGUCCAAACGUCCAGCAGCGCCCCCACAUUAAAGAGGAAGAGGAGGAGCCACAGCCCCUACAUACUAAAGAGGAAGAGGAGGAAGUGUGGAUCACUCAGGAGGAAGAGUGUCUUCUAGGGCAGGAGGAGGCUGAUCUCACCAAGUUUCCACUGACUGUUGUCUCUGUGAAGACUGAAGACCAUGAAGACAAACCACCUGAGUCCUCACAGCUUCAUCACAGUCCAAACGUCCAGCAGCUGUUUGGCCGUCAAGAAGAACCUCUGCUUCAGUUACUUGGGGGGAGCUCCACUUUGAAGCGGGAGGAUCCAUAUCCCUCGCACUUUAAAGAGGAAGAUGAUGAACUCUGGAUCACUCAAGAGGGAGAGCGUCUUCUAGGGCAGGAGGAGGCUGAUCUCACCAAGUUUCCACUGACUGUUGUCUCUGUGAAGACUGAAGACCAUGAAGACAAACCACCUGAGUCCUCACAGCGUCAUCACAGUGAAAGUGAGGAGAAGAGAGAGGCGGAGCCUCCAAGCAGCAGCUCAACUCAACACAUGACAACAGAAGCUGAUGGAGACCACUGUGGAGGAUCACAAGCAGACAAGCUCUUAGCUCCACUAUCAGAUAGUGAGGACACAACGUCACACUCUCCUGACACUGAUGAUGAACACUCUAAAGAUGAUAAGACAUGUCACACUGACAACACACACUUCACGUGCUCUCACUGCGACAAAACUUUUAAAUACCAUUAUAAUUUGAAAAUACACAUUAGAAUACACACUGGAGAGAAACCUUUUUCCUGUUCAGUCUGUGGCAAAACGUUUAAUCGCCGUAACAAUCUGAUAAUACACAUGAGGACGCACACUGGCGAAAAACCGUUUUCCUGUUCAAGCUGCAACAAAAGCUUUUGUGACCAAUCAAACCUUGUGGUACACAUGAGAACGCAUACAGGGGAAAAACCUUUCAGUUGUGCGGUUUGUGCAAAAGGCUUUGUGAGAAACUUUGUUUUGACUCAACACAUGCGGACGCACACCGGAGAAAAACCUUUCAUUUGCUCAAACUGUGGCAAAAGGUUUUCUCAGAGGGGAAAGCUGCAGUCACAUAUGAGAUCACACACAGAAGUGAAACGUUUUAGUUGUUCAGUCUGCAGUAAAAAGUUCUAUGAUGAACAUAAUAUGCAAACUCACAUGAAAACACACAUAGGAGAAAUGCCCUUUAGUUGUUCAGUUUGUGCCAAAGGCUACGUUAGAAACUCCGAUUUGGUUUCACACAUGCGGACACACACCGGAGAAAAACCUUUCAGUUGUUCAGUUUGUGGUAAAAGAUUCUCUAGCAAACGAAAUAUGCAAUCACACAUGAAAACACACACAGGAGAAAAACCUUUCAGUUGUUCAGUUUGCGCUAAAGGCUUCGUGAGAAACUUUGCUUUGACUCGACACAUGCGGACACACACCGGAGAAAAACCCUUCAUUUGCCCAAAUUGUGGCAAAAGGUUUUCUCAAAAGGGAGCAUUGCAGUCACAUAUUCAAACACACACGGGAGUGAAAAGUUUCAGUUGUUCAGUUUGCAGUAAAAGAUUCUCUCACGAACGAAAUAUGCAAACUCACAUGAGAACACACACAGGAGAAAUACCCUUUAGUUGUUCAGUUUGCGCAAAAGGCUUUGUUAGAAACUCUGAUUUGGUUCAACACAUGCGGACACACACCGGAGAAAAACCUUUCCGUUGUUCAGUUUGCGGUAAAACGUUUUCUCAGAAGGGCACAAUGCAGUCACACGUGAGAACACACUCAGGAGAAAAACCUUUUAGUUGUUCUGUUUGCGGUAGAAGAUACUUUAGCAAAUCUAGCAUGCAAACGCACAUGAGGGCACACACAGGAAAAUGACAUUUCUUUUCUGAACGUCCUCUUUGAACAGACUCCAGCAUAGUCAUUAAUGGUCUGCUGCAGGGCCUCUCUAAAGUCUGGACCCGGUUUCAGAUCCAAAUCACGAGUCAGUCUGGACCCAUUAGAGACACAGCCACUCCCGCCUUAUAUUAUGAUUUACAAAUUAAGUUUCUGUUAGGUACUGGUUAAAAAUAAAUCAAUAAAUGGUUUGCAAUGAUAAAUAGAGUGUCUUGACAUAUGAUUCCAUUAAAGAUAACCGAUAAUAUUUCCACAUAUUUCACUUAAAUUCAUAACUGGGAUAAGAACAUGUCACAUACGAGUCCAAAUACUUUCACAGGAACACAUCACACCCUGACAUUUGGUAAAAACAAAGUCCAUCAUAAAUAAUAACAGUAAUGAUAACUCAUAUGUCUGUAUUAUUAUUUGGUGCCCUGUUGGUACUUCUUUAAGAUACACAUCCUGCUCCAACACACACAGUCAGCAGUUUGCUCAGUGUCACGCUGUGUUGACCUUUGACCCUGCCCUGUCACAUCAUUAGGAGUUAGACACACUGUUAGGAUCAUUUGAUUGCAUCAGUAUACUCACACAUAUGAAUAAUGUCUAACAAGUAAGAUUCAUAAAGUGUGUAAAUAAUGAAUGACCCCUAUUGUUAAUCAGAGUGUAUAUGAUGUGUUUUGGAAAUGCCUUAUAGUUUCACAACAACCUUGAUGGCAAGUACAUGUACGCGUCUCAUCUUGACGGACUUUUCCCCGGAACACAAACGUUGAAGACGGCACCAUUUUUGUUUUGUUUUUGAGAUUGUGCUAGUAUUGUUUUGAAAGUGUGCAGGCGGCAUAACAAUUCUUCAUGAGUUUAAGACACUUCCACUCAAAAGUGUGAUACUCAGGUAGCAAUCAUCUAUGUUCAUGUCAUGAGAAAUAUUAUUUUUUUACAACAAAAGGUGUUCAGUGAGUUCAUUUUUUAGUUGUUGAUGUUAGCCUGCACAGGAAAUGGAAAUUAGCCUUGGACUAGAAUACACAUUUUCCAUAUGUGUCGUUAAUAUGUACUGUCCAUAUUUAUAAAUAAAUAUACACU